AUGUCAGAUUCGAAGGAGAAACCAGUGGAGAAAGUGACACCUCCUAAAAAGGGCUGGUCCAAUCCUGCCCUACAGAUGAUGGGGAUUCCUUGUCUCUCACUUCCUUCUCGAAAUUGGAUGAUAUUUUGGACAGUUUUAGCCAGCAUUGGAGGAGGAUACGCCUACGACAGAUAUGAGCAGAAACAGAUCAGAAAACAGUAUAUGGCUAAGGUCGAGGAGUUGGGCAGAGAACCGUACGACUCCCACCGCUUACCUCGUAAACUCACAGUUUUUAUAGCCCCACCCCCAGACGAUUUUUUGGAGGUUUCCAUGGGAUACUUCAGAAGAUAUGUGAAACCGGUUUUGAAUUCAGCAUCCAUUGAUUUCGACAUUUUGGUUGCCAACAAACAGGGUGAUAUUCGUUCAUCUGUCAGUGAACGGAUCAGACAAUUAAGAAGAGAUGCCAUACAAAAUAACCAAACCCCACCUCAGAACUCUAACGGCACUUCUUGGACCAAGUUACUCACGUUCAAGAACGUCAAAGAAUUGUACGACACCAAAGACGUGUUGGGUUUCUAUUACCGGUACCCAACCAUAACCCCAGUGAGAGAUGAUGUGAAUGCUGCUUCCCAUGCUGGAGGAGUGGUGUGUAUGGGCAGAGGAGCCUACAAGGAGUACAUUCAGGGGGUGCAUGAAGGUCUUCUUGGGCCCUUGGAAGCUCCACAAAUAGAAGAACAGGUUUCUGUGGAGAAUAGCGAUGAGGAACAAGACAAAAAUGAGGCCAAGGCCCCCGCCCCGUUCAUUAAACCUGAACAAUACCCCCAAGCCCAAUUGGCUCCCGAGCUCGACUUGAGUUCCAUCAUAAGAGAUGACAAAGGGGUGCCAGUUCUAUUUGAACAACCAAUUUAUGUGUUCCCCGUUAUGAACGUGCUUGGGUUCAAAAACACCUUGAGAAAAAUCUACAAUUUUUUCACCAAGCGACACGCAGCUGAGGACUUCAGUGAGAGAACCUUGCACAUUGUCGAUAAUAAAGUGGUUCCAUUCGAAUAUAAACACCAGUACCUUGCCAAAGAAGAAGAGCCUUUGUGGCCCAAGCAUUGGGUUGAAAAGGGUAAGGAACGUAAUAGUGAAUGGGUGCAAGAAAUGAUCACCGACGACAGGGUUACCAGUAGAUUGAAAGUGAUUGAAUAG